AUGGCCUUGGCUAAGGAAAAUCGAGUAGGUCGGUGGUAUUUUGGUGGGCUUGCUUCCGCUGGAGCAGCGUGCUGCACGCAUCCCCUUGAUUUACUGAAGGUGCAUUUGCAAACUCAACAAGCUGGAAAGAUAACACUGGGUCAAAUGGCCGCCAAACUUUACCGUAGUGAUGGAGUGUUAGCAUUUUAUAACGGUUUGUCGGCAUCGCUUCUGCGUCAGCUUACAUACUCUACAACCCGAUUCGGAAUGUACGAGACAUUAAAAAAACAGUUUCCUUCAGAUAGUCCACUGCCUUUUUAUCAGAAAGCUUUCCUUGCCGGAGUAUCUGGUGCAUGUGGAGGUUUUGUGGGUACCCCUGGAGACUUGGUUAACGUGAGAAUGCAGAAUGACGUAAAGUUGCCUCCUGCUGAAAGGCGCAAUUAUAAACAUGCUAUCGACGGAGUGUUUCGUAUUCUCCGAGAAGAAGGGCUUCAACGUCUUUUUGGCGGCGCGACAAUGGCAACCUCAAGAGCAGUUCUGAUGACUAUCGGUCAACUAUCCUUUUAUGAUCAAAUUAAGCAGAUGCUAAUUGAAAGCGGAAUCGCUAAAGACAAUCUUUACACACACUUCUCAAGCAGCUUUUGUGCGGCCAGUAUUGCCACGAUGUUGACGCAGCCUUUAGAUGUAAUGAAGACUCGUUUGAUGAACGCACCUCCUGGACAAUUCAAGGGCAUCGUUGACUGUUUCUUCUACACCGCUAAACUUGGACCGGCUGGAUUCUUCAAAGGAUUCGUUCCAGCAUGGGUCAGGCUUGCGCCACAUACAGUCCUCACAUUUAUAUUUUUCGAGCAACUGCGUUUCAAUUUCGGUUACUUCAAAGAAUAG